UUCAACUUUGCUCUGUUGUGCACUGGUCCGGGUCACUGACUCCUUUCCAUCUCUGUGUGCAGGGAAGUUGUUUCCUUGGGGUCUGGAAAAAGCUCAGCGUGAAUCAAGGUGUCUGCUGUGGCACUGAUGGCAAUACCAGUGGAGACAGAUGGGAGAAAGUUCCAUGUGGUUACUCCUGUGUUGGAGAGCCUGGCUCUGUCAAAGGCUGCAGGCACCAAGGUGUUCAUGAAGAUGGAGAACGUCCAACCAUCAGGCUCCUUCAAGAUACGAGGCAUCGGCUACUUCUGUCAGGAGGCUGCCAAGAAGGGAUGCAAACAUUUUGUUUGUUCAUCAGGGGGGAAUGCUGGGCUUGCCACCGCCUAUGCUGCCAGGAAGCUGGGGAUCCCUGCCACCAUUGUGGUUCCCGGCAACACCUCAGAGGCUAUGUCGCAGCAGCUGAAAGAGCAUGGGGCAGAGGUGGAAGUUUUUGGCAAGGUCUGGGAUGAUGCCAACAUCAGAGCUUUGGCACUAGCAGAGACAGAAGGCUGGAUCAGCAUCCAUCCCUUUGACCAUCCUUUGAUCUGGAAGGGACAUGCUAGCCUGGUUAGGGAGCUGAAAGACUCUCUAGACACCAAGCCAGGAGCCAUCAUCCUGUCGGUAGGAGGUGGAGGGCUGCUAGCUGGAGUGGUGGCCGGCCUGCAGGAUGUGGGCUGGCUGGACAUACCCAUCAUUGCAGUGGAAACCAGAGGAGCUGACAGCUUCAAUGCAGCAGUCCGGGCUGGGCAGCUGGUCACCCUGCCGGAUAUUACCAGCGUGGCAAAGUGUUUGGGAGCCAGGAGGGUGUCAUCACGUGCACUGCAGUGUGCCAGUGAGUGCCAGGUCAUCUCCCAGCUGGUGGAGGAUGCAGAAGCAGUGCAAGCUAUAGAGCAGUUCUUGGAUGAUGAGCGGAUACUGGUGGAUCCAGCCUGUGCAGCCUCCCUGGCCUUACUCUACAGUGGUCACCUUCAGCGGCUGCAGCAGGAAGGGCACUUGACCAUGGACCUGGACUCCAUUGUCAUCAUUGUGUGUGGGGGAAGUGGUAUUCACAUGGCUGGGCUUCAGGCCCUGAAAACCCAGCUGGGUUUGAAAUGACCUCCCUUGGUCAGCAGAUGCUGACCCCGCUCCUUUGAGAGAGUGGGGGAGUAGAUCCAAUAUAGCUACUACUAAAAUGUGUUACUGGGUCUCCCUGUAGUGACUCUUAACAGAAUUCAGAGAAGUUUAUCUAAUAAGCACCAGGCUUAUAGUUCUUGAAUCCAAAUGGUGAGCUCCCCCUGCCUCUGAACAAAUACUUUAAUGAUGCUGGGUAUGGCUGCUUGUCAUUAAAAUCCCUCUUCCUGGGUAAAACUGAAGGAGGAAUUAGUAGAGGAAUAUUUGUUUUCUAUGAAUUGUGGCCGCCAAAGCUGUCUGGGAAAGUACAUUGGGGUCUUGCUGGAGCCAGAUGAGAGAUUGAUUGUAACUUGUCAUCACUCUGUUUUUAACCCCUUUUCUCUUCCUGAACUGUUUGCCGUCACCUCUGAUUUCUGUUAUUUGCUGCAAUGUAUUUGCUGGAUAAUUUACAACUGAUGAGUAGUUACACAGUAUUCCCUUCAAUUGUUACUUGUGAUCUGUGACUGAUCAUUUGAGUCAUCUGAUCUUGUUUCUGCUCCCUGAUAGGAUGGACACACUUUGUUUAACUAGUAAAUAAACAAAUAAAGGUUAAA